GCAUCAUGCGUGACGGUGAGGCCACACGCCCGCGGUGACCGCGGCCCGCCCGCCGCCUCUGGAUUUCCUCCCCCGAGCUGUCGACGGCGACGCGCGCUUAUAAAAUCGCCCCCCGGAGCCGGAGCCGGAGACCGCGAGAGCGGAAACCCACCGCCCGUUCCUGGGUUCCCGAGGCAGCAGAGUUUCUUGGCUGGGCGGCGGCGGCAGGCAUGCAGCGGAGCAGCUCGUUCGGGGCGUCGUGGGCGGACCAGUGGGACACCGGCGCCGACCCGAGCCCGAGGGCGCCGCGCGGCUGCGGCGGUGCGGGGAAGGCCGGUGGCGCCGGUGCGGGCGUGGGGGAGAAGACCAAGGCGGCCGCGGCGGCCGGGCUCAGGAAGGUGAAGGAGGGCACGGCGCACGGGUUCCAGUGGAUCAAGGACAAGUGCCAGAAGAAGAGCGCCGGCGGCGGCGGCAAGAAGCAGCAGGGAUCAGAGGUCGCGGGGUACUGACGAGACGACCUGCGGCCGAUGGACCCGCCAUGGCUCGCCUCUGUUGAUCCCUGCAUGAUCGUCACAGCUUUCCCCAGAGAAGGCAUGUUGGAAACAGAAAAGAUUCGAUUGGUAGGCUGCUGCAUGCCGCUUGUUGUGUAUAGGUGUGUGCGUGCAUAGUUUGGUUGUGCUUUCGUCGCGGUGAAUUUUGAUUGUUGCUGGUCGUGUUUCUGUUUUAGCUUUAUCCAUGUAGAUAAAGGGGUUUUUAUGUGUUUGAUUGUUGCCCUCGCCCCCGCCUUGUGCUUACUGCUGGUUGUGUAAUUCGAGGGCUUCAUUUCCUGCUCUGAUUUGGGUAAAGGCUUUCAAGCUCCAACCAUGACGACUUUGUUCAGUUUAAGACGACAAAUAAACUGAAUCGCGUUUCAACCA